AACUGUUCCUCAUGAGGCAAGAUCAUUUUUUAUUCAGCGUUUUGCUGAAUCUAGAGGAGGUGAGUAGCUCCUUUUUUCUUUCCUAGCUCUUUUUGCUGGCAGGGGAGAGAGAGGUGCGUCGCUGUGCUAAAGCACAGCAAUGAUGUCAUCCUCUGUGUCUAGCUCUGUGCUCCUGCAUAAGGCUGGUGCACAGACCAGAUUAGUUGACUGAAGAGCAGGCUCAGCAAUGGAUCGUUCCUGCUGAAGACAGCUGCGGAGCCACUGUUCCCCACCGUUUCUUCACUGCCUAUUACCUGAGUGCGCAGUGGUCUUUAUUAUCCGUUGCUGUCUCCUCCAAUCAAGCUACUUCAGUGGUGUCUUCUGCCAGUACCACCCCAUCUGAAUCCAGUGAUGAACAUGGAGAGCAGUUCAAUAAAGAUAUUUCUACAAUGGAGAACAGGUAUCAAGGCCACUUGAAUCCCAACACUGGGGACUACUGCUGGUUUUUGCAACGGGAAAAUAUGACCGCUCACAAACGCAAAAGCAGAUGCCUGAAGCACUUUUGGCAGUACUGGGCCUUGCUCAAAAGCCACCUCGUUUAAUUUUUCCAUCAAGAUUAGACCCCUCAGUCUUCAGGAUGGACAAGGACAGGAGUCAUGUGACUGACACAAUAUUAAAUCUCACUCUUGAAAUCGUCUACCUAUUGACUGGAGAGGAUUAUACAUUUGUAAAGGAAUUAUCCACUAGCCUUAUUAAAAGGAAUUGUGGUGGCUCCCAUGUAUUGGGAGGAAUGGAACAGAAACAGAACCCCACCACACGAAGAAAAAAUGAGCAGAAGAUCCUGGACCUCACUAAAAAGAUCAUUGAGCUGCUGACUGGAGAGGUUUCCAUAAGGUGUCAAGAUGUCACUGUCUAUUUCUCCUUGGAGGAGUGGGAGUACAUAGAAGAACACAAGGAUCUGUACAAGGACAUCAUGAUGGAGAAUUACCAGUCUCUUACAUUAUCAGAUGGAGCCAAUAAGAAAAAAAUACCAGAGAGAUGUCCUAGUCCUCUUCAUUCAGAAGAGUCUAGAAAUGAAGAUCACGACAUGCCCCAAAUUGGAGUUACAGAAAUUGCUGAAAACCAGUAUGACAAAAGUGAAAACCACAUCCGUUUUAAAGUUGUAGCUGGAGGACAAGAGAAGUGCAUUACGAACUCUAAUCAGUGUAAAAAGGUGGCAGUUGAUCCCGAUGGACACUCGGGCAUGAACAGCUCAGAGGAGCAGAUCAUCCUUUCUUCAGAUUAUGAGACAGAAGACAAUGAUUUCAAAGAUUUUUCGGCAGGAGAAAACCCUAUUAUACCGAAUGUCUAUCCAAUAUUUCCUAAUUAUGACCUGUCCUCCAAUCCCUUUGAGCAAAGGGUACGAUUCCCUAAUUUCCCAGACUUUAUCUCUCACCAUCCACCAUUCGAACACUUUAAAACAUUUCCUUGUCCUGAAUGUGAUAAAUGUUUUAAUUGGAAAGCUAAGUUGAUCAGACAUUUACGUAGUCAUACUGGUGAGAAGCCUUAUUCUUGUCCGGAGUGUGGGAAGUGUUUUACGCGCAAAUCUACUCUGUUUAGACAUCAGAAGAAUCACUCAGCAGAGGCAAAUGACAGCAAGAGUACCUCAGACGAACAUCCGGCAUUGUCUCCUCCUUGUGACAUAGAUGUCAUCAACAUCAAAGAAGAUCUCCAAGAUGAAAUCCCCAUUACCCCAGAUAUGUAUCCCAUAUUUCACAGUCCUGAAAUGUCAUCCACUUCCCCUGAACAACAUGUCCGCUUUCCUAAUACCUCCGAUAGUAUUCCACACCAUAGGCCAUUUAGACACUAUAAGAUAUUUCCUUGUUCUGAAUGUGGCAAGUGUUUUAACUGGAAUGCCGAACUUGUCAGACAUCAACGAAUUCACACAGGGGAGAAACCAUAUCCAUGUCCUGAGUGUGGCAAGUGUUUUGCUCGUAAAUCAACUCUUUUUAGACACCAGAAGAGUCACACUGGUGAGAAACCAUAUCUCUGCUGUGAAUGUGGCAAAUAUUUCACCCGAAACGCGAACCUUCUUUUACAUCAGAGAAUCCACACAGGCGAGAAACCAUUUUCAUGUACUGAGUGCGGGAAACGGUUUUCUCAAAAAUCCUAUCUCAUUGCUCAUCAGAAAACUCACACUGAUGAGAAGCCUUAUUUAUGUGCUGAAUGUGGAAAGAGGUUUUCACAAAAGUCCUGUCUUCUCCUGCAUCGAAGAAUACACACCGGGGAGAAACCAUAUUCAUGUUCAGUAUGUGGGAAAAGUUUUGCACGGAAAGGAAUCAUGCUGAGCCAUGAAAGAACGCACUCACAAAGAAAAAGCCAGUUUCAUUAUUUGAAUAUAGACCAUUAUCCUAGUUGAAAGUAACUUUCACAGAGAUUGAGAUGUUCUUACAAUGCUGUCUUCCAGAGUGCUGAUUGUUGUGACACUGUUGGUUAAAUAUUAAAUUAUUACUUAUAAGAAUAAAUAUUAAAUGAAUCCAAUAUUACAUUACAUGGUCAAAAAAUAAAGUACAGUAGAAAAAAUUCAAAUACAGCAAUAUUAUUUUAUUCCCUUCACGACUACCCCUGAACAUGUGCGGCAGUGUAUAGGAGCAACACCGCCUGGGCUUAUUAGUGACUGUGGCAUUUGAGUGAAAGGACAAACCCUUCGAUGUUGUGGCAAGAAUGCUGAGCAGUAGUUAUGGCCGCAGAGAGCCUAGUGGAGGAGAGCUGUAAA